CACCCAACACAAACUCAGCGCAACUAGCCAAAAACGCAAACCCGAGUUGCCAGAUUGUCGGGAUUUUAUUGCUACUAUUUGGUGUGAAAUCUGUUAACAUACCUAUUCAUAAUUCGUGCCUUUAUACUAUGGAAUCAAUGGCUCUCAAAGAAACCGAACGCACGUGUGUGCUUUGCUGUCAAGACAUCGACAUUUUCGCUCUAGGAAAAUGUGAUCACCCGGUGUGCUAUCGAUGCUCUACCAAGAUGAGGGUGCUAUGUGAGCAAAAAUACUGCGCCGUUUGCCGGGAGGAACUUGACAAGGUCAUUUUUGUCAAGAAACUUCAGCCUUUCUCAACCAUUUCAACCGAUCAGUUGCAGUGUGAGAAAAAGCAUGACAUCUUUUUCAGUGAUGCCAAGAUCUAUGCACAGUACCGGCGGAUCCUGUUGUCUGAGUGUCCCCAGUGUCAGGAACCCAAAAUAUUUUCUAAAUUUGAAGAGUUGGAACAACACAUGAGAAAACAGCAUGAAAUGUUCUGCUGUAAAAUUUGUGCCAAGCACUUAAAGAUAUUUUCAUAUGAAAAAAAGUGGUACAGUCGAAAAGAGCUGGCUCGGCAUCGAACACAAGGGGACCCAGACGACACGUCUCACCGCGGACACCCGCUAUGUAAAUUCUGCGAUGAACGGUACCUGGACAACGACGAACUUCUCAAACACCUGCGGAGGGAUCACUAUUUUUGCCACUUCUGUGAUGCAGAUGGAGCUCAAGAGUACUACAGUGACUAUCAGUACCUGAUGGAGCAUUUCCGGGAGAGCCACUACCUGUGCGAGGAGGGCCGCUGCAGCACGGAGCAGUUCACGCACGCCUUCCGCUCCGAGAUCGACUACAAAGCCCACAAGGCCGCCGCACACAGCAAGAACCGCGCCGAGGCAAGACAGAACCGCCAGAUCGACCUGCAGUUCAGCUACGCCCCUCGUCAGCCGGGGAGGAGGAACGAAGGUCACAUUGGGGGAGAGGAUUACGAGGAGGUGGAUCGCUUCAAUCGCCAAGCAAGAGGAGGCCGAAGCAGAGCCGCAGGAACACAACAUAACACCAGGAAGAGCUGGAGAUACAACCGGGAGGAGGAGGAGCGGGACGUGGCUGCAGCUCUGCAGGCCUCGCUGGCCACCCGAGGGCAGGAGGAGCGGCGUGCUCCCCCAGAGAGGGCUGCCCAGAGGCCCCCGCGGGAACGGGAGCGCGAACGGGAGCGGGAACGCGAACGGGAGCGGGAACGCGAACGAGAGCGGGAACGUGAACGUGAACGUGAACGUCCACGUCCCGACCCCGAAGAGACCAAGAACGCUAGAGAUGCUGCCAAACUGCAUAGCGAAGCACAAGUUCAAGCAAUGAUAACCACUGCACUUAGAGGAGGAGGCGAAUUCACUGGCUAUCCUCCACCUGUAUCUCUUCCGAGCAGCUCAAUCAAACCCACUCCGCCGGUCACUCUGAAGGAAGAUGACUUCCCCAGCCUCUCUGCUGGUGCCAUGCAUUCCAGCCCGAUGACGCCAGCCUACAGCGCCGCACAUCCCCGGAGUAAAUCCUCCUUCCAAGAGGAAGACUUUCCCGCACUCGUGUCCAAAAUCAGGCCCAGGAAACCGCCCGAAAGUGCGGCGUCGGCCUGGGCCGGUGCCAACAGCAAGCCAACAGCGGCGGCAGGCCAGCCCACAAAAGCCCCCAGCAGCAUCCCCAACACCACCUCCGCCUCUGCCCCCGCCCCUCGACCCUCAAGCAGCGGCCCUCAGCCCCUCCUGCCCUCCUCCACGUCCUCCUCCAAGCGCAAGAAGAAGCUUGGCACCGCCGAGGCCCAGAGAGCAGCUGCCAGAGUCAAAUCGCCAGGUUCGUCUGACGAGGACGACACGCAGAAGGGGAAGUCGAGUCAGGAGGUCCGGGCGGUGCCCACCAUGCUGGACAUCUCCUCGCUGCUGACAGUGAAGGGCAGCGCUGCCGCCUCCCCAAAGCCACAGCCACAGCCACAGCCACAGCCCGCUGCCAAAGCAGGCAAGAAGAAGAAGACUCCUGGCUCCGGCUCCUCUUCCUCCUCUGGCCCCGGUGGUCCAGGGGCACCGGCCAACCUUGGUGAAAUAGCGUCGAGCAUCGCUCACAAAGAGAACGUGCCAGACAUGCCGGAUGCCGGUGGGCCCAAAGCCCCCACCCCACAGAACUCCAGCAGCGGUUCAAUGGGGAUGCCCAAGCCCAGUGCUCUGACCAACGGCGUCUCGGAAUGGACCGUGGUGCAGAAGGGUGGCGGACACGUCAUGGCUCCUACUGAGCAGCCUCCUCCUACACCACCAGUCAAAACACUGCCCAAGUCAGAGCCCGCACCCCUGCCUGUGGAAGAGGAGUUCCCCGCCCUCUGUCCCAAAAAACCUCCACCCGGUUUCAAAGGUGCAUUCCCCCUGAAGAGUUCCCAGAGCGCGGCCCCAGCUCCUCCCCCGGGGUUGGGCGGGGUCGCCGCCAUGGUUACCAAACCUCCGCCCGGAUUCACGGGAGUCCCCCUCAAUAGUAAUGUGGUGGAGCCCAUCACACCUGCUGCCAACCGACCAACACAGUCUCUCGGGACCUACCUCAAACCUGAUAAUUUCCAGAAGAGGAACUUGGACCUGAUCCAGUCUAUUAAAAACUACCUUCAGAACGACGAGUCAAAGUUCAACGAGUUCAAGAUCUACUCCGGUCAAUUCAGACAGGGUGUGAUCUCCGCUGCCCAGUACCACAAGAGCUGCCAGGAGCUGCUGGGAGAGAACUUCACCAGGGUCUUCAACGAGCUGCUGGUGCUGCUGCCAGACACACAGAAACAGCAGGAGCUGCUCACUGCCCAUGGGGACUACAAGGCCCGCGAGAAACAGGGCGGCAGUGGAGGCGGCGGCGGUGGUGCCACCCGCGCCAAGAAGAACAAGAAGACCUCAGCCUGGCAGACCAACUCUCCCGGCCUGGCGCCUGAGCUGGACUGCCAGGUGUGCCCCACCUGUCGCCAGGUGCUGUCCCAGAAGGACUUCAACUCCCACAAGACCUUACACAUGGGCGGGGACGAUGACUUCCCCUCCCUGCAGGCCAUUAGCAAGAUCAUUAGCUAGGGGUGUUGCUACGCGCCUGCCCUGCCCCGCCUGCUGCCCACACAUGCACAGCCACAGCUAUAGCCACAGCCAGACAGCGGUCUGCUAGUCCAGACCAGCCAGUGGAGAGUCUCUCACAUGUUUUUUUUGCAAGGCUGGAGGGAGAAAGUGAGCGUGUGAUUUGGCUGACUAUAUGAGUUUGACUAUAUGGGACUGAAUGAGUGCUUCUACUACCACCAGUGAGGGUGUGAUGAUCGUGGUGUGAGAGUGAGUGGGGAUUGUUAGCCCAGCGUUGCACCCUGGGAUUUGUAGGCCCUGCUGAGUUUGAGUGGAGAUAACUGACCACUUUAGGGUCCAUGAUUUUGUUGUUUUCCCCCUUUCCAAGCAGAAGCAGGACUAACAGGUUGUUUUUGUUAUUUAAAAAAAAAAGUCAUCAUUACUUGAAACUAAAUUUUGGAAAGUUCAUGCAAGUAAUCAUUAUUUCUUUCUAAAAGGCCCAGACAGUUUAAUCUCUGCUAAUCUUGCUGUGCUCAACAGGGGCUGUGUUUUAACAGGUUAAUUUGCCAUCCAGACGUUUAGUUGGAAAUUAAAAGGGGUGGCAAAAAUGCUCAUGGUUCGUUUCAGCCCUUAAAAGUAUUUUCGGUUUGCUUGUAUUAAUUUUUUUCUAAAUGUUUCAUUUUUUGAGAAUUUUAUCAACUUAUUAAGUUUACCUUUUUGGGGAAACUUCUGUAUUUAUUUUUAUGCGUUUUCCCCUUAUUGACAGUCAUCCUCACCUCUUAGUACAUUAACAAAAGAAAACAAACGAUUGAAGAGGUUAAUGUCAUGUGAACAAAACAAUGCAAACAAUUAAAAGGCUUCAACCAUGAAGGAGAAAA